AAAGCCAGGUAUUUACAGAUAUGAAUAUAGUAAGGAUAUACGAACCAAACACAUUCCACAUCAUGUUACAUGAAGAAGGAAAUAUGACAAAAACAUAAUAGCAAGUAUGGAUUCAAAAAGGGGUGGAUUGACAGAAAAAGAGAUGAGUCUUCUUCGGAGACAUUGGAAAACACUGAAACAAGAUAUUAGAAUGGGUGAUAUUGUGGAUCACCUGAUUGUUGAAGAUGUACUCAAACCGGCUACAUGGGAAGAUCUCAAAAGGAAAUACAACAUAGAAAAAGAGCGAACAGAAGAGUUCCUGUUAUUGUUACAAAGAAAACCGUCUAAAUGUUUUGUGAUAUUUCAAGAAGCAUUGCGUGACGCUGGAUACGAUCAUUUGGCAGAUAAGCUAGAAGUGAAAGACGACAGGACACAGAAAAAGAAACCUAAGCCGGAUGCAACAGCAGUGGACAAUUCUUUUAUAAUGAAAACACUCAAAGAACUGUGUGAUCGAGACAAGCAAAAGGAAAUACAACUUGCUGCAAUGAAACAGGAUCAAGAGAAAACAUCCCAAAGGUUUGAGAAGAAACUGGCUUUAAACUUACAGCAAACAAACGAGGAACUGGACAAGUUAAAGACGUCCCUGAGACAGAAGGAAGAUGAAAUUGAAAAACUUAAACAGAUACAGCGUCAACAAGAAGAGACUAACAAAGAGCUAUCUGAGGAAAAUAAGAAACUAGAGAAUGAAAGAGAGCAAAUGUUUGGAGAGCUUCAGCUGACAAAAUCGGAGAAAGACGAGGUGGAAUUGAAAAUGAAAAGACAGAAAAUGUAUGAAGAUAGAAUUGUGAAAGAAAAAGAAAAGCUUAAGAAAACGGUGGAACGACAAAGUACACAACUUGAACAAGAGAUGCAAGAAAAAAAGAAAGCAAUGGACCACCUUAAGCGAGAAAGCACCGCUCUGGAACUUAUCAAAAAAGAGAAGAAAGAACUACAGGAAAAGAUAGAGAAACUUGAAGAUGAGAACGAAGUGUUGUCUGCUAGGCCAUACUCUUCCAUGACUCGAUGGACUUUAUCGACAUCGAGAGAUAUGGACUCUAGCAGUACAACGUUAUACAGACGACAGCCCACGGGGUUGUCUCAAAGUGAUGACAAUAACAGUAUGUCUCAACUUCUAGAUCAGAGAGGCGAAAUCGAGGCUGAAAUUAAAAGAAAACAAAUAGAGCAAAAACACUUGAGAAGACGACUUAGAGAAUUGAAAUCCCAUGCAGAGACAGUAGAAAGUCAAACUUGUGUUGUUAUGUAACCACAUCAGAUACAAUAGGGUUGCAAAAUCCACGAUAGCCGAAUACAAAAUCCCAGAUCUAGCUACUGUUAUAAUGACUCUUAUAUUAUAUACCUCUACCUUUUUGUUUGUUGUUUUGUUAUUGGACGAAAUUUUCAAUGUUUAUCGAUAUUAAAAUGGAACUAUGUGAAGUUUUUAUGUGCGCUAUGUCAGGACAUGCAUAUUAACGAAAGAAGUCCGGCAGCAUACAAUGCAAAAGGUACAAUACGGAAUUUAAAAAGUACAAUACGGAAUCUUUUUCUGUUUGUUCGUAUUUAACUGAAAUAUAUGUCGAAUUUUUUUACAGAAUUUAUAUAGGUAUAUACUCAGCACAAGAAAAUGUAAGUUGCAGACAUUUAAAAUGGGCCCUGAUGUGUGCUGCAGCAAUUGGAAAUAUGUCAAUUUUAUAUAGAAUAAAGAAGAACAGCUAUUAAGUGUGUUUAAAACCAAUUUAUGAGAACUUUAAUGCUUGUGUUUGUACAUAUAUGUCACAGGCGAACACCUAUGUGAUGUUUUAAACAUAUUACUAAAUGAACUGAUUUUCUGCAAGACGUUUUAAA